AUGCCCCAACCAAAUCUAAACAUACCGCUGAGGACGUCGAGUGCGCAUGGCGCGGAGGGCGGAAUGCAGCUAGGAAACGUUAGCCAUGAAGAGUUGAUGCGCGAAAAGGCAUCAAAGGCUCAAAAGAUCCUAGGGACCGCGGACCUGUCUUUCCACCAAGAUCAUCCAAAAUGGGAAGAGAAGAAGAAAGGACACCGACCUAGCUUCAUGAAGUCUUCAGAAGCCAAAUCGAAAAAAGGUAGCAGCUUCGUUCCUUUCCCAUCAUCGGUCCCCGAAAAUGCAAACCCCCCUCCGCACCUUCGGGUGCGAGCAUCGUCUCCCCUUCUGGGUCAGGAGUACCGCUCGCAGGAUGUCCCGCCGCCAUCGCUGCCCAAGACAUCCAAGAAAGUCCAUCACUCCGGCUCUGCCUCCGCGUUAUAUUCUUAUUUCACCUCCCGAGAUUCAUCCGCCGAACAAAACAAGAACGGUGGAAGCUCGAGGAAAGAGUCCAGCUCUGCCGAAAGUGCCAACUCGAACUCUCCAGAACAGACCGGUUCCAGCAUGGGGCUUAAGCAGCCGGCGGGAUUCAUGAAAGAAUCGAAACGGAAAAUGCGCCCGCCUCGAAUUGAUCUUUCUUUACUGUUCCCCAAGCCGCGAGCCACUGCUGCACCUCUUCUUUCACCCCAGAGAUUGGUCAAUUCCCCUUCGGCUAUCUCGAUGGCCUCGGAAUACUCGGCGCCCAACCCCAAGAAACCAGACAACCAUGUGCCUGGCAAGAAGCUCGCCAAGACGCCGCCUCCUUCUCGGCGUUCGGCUCGGAGACCAAGUGGCCUGGAGUCCAUCAGUGAUGCCGGCGAAUCUACGACAUCGAAUGGAGCCUCCACUUCCAAUUGGACCGACCCUUCGCUCGAAAGAGCUGUUGGCACUACCGAGAUGGAACUGGCAUUGGAGAAAUACAGUGGUCUACAACAGCCUUCUCGAUCUGCCCCGAGAACUAAAUCGGACCGGACACGCUCGCGAACCUUAAGCCGAGAUCAGUUGCAUAACAAUGACGCGCAGCCUUCUAGCGGCUCCUUGCGAAAGGUUCCAUCAAACACAUCUACGGGAGGAUGGAGCAAAGAAACGUAUCUCUCUCCGAAAACUUGUGCUCACCCAAGACCUACCCGUGCAAGGAACUCUUCCAAUCCACGGCACAACGAGAUGCCGGAGAAAUUCCCCAUCCCCGAGAACCAGUCGAUGUCGAAGAAGAGCAGCAAAAGUACUUUGAAGAACUCUGACCUCAACAAUCUCAGCGUUCUCUGUCUUUCGUCGUCCGAAGAUGAGGACGAUGACGAUGAAGAGGACGAACUGACUGGAAAUCAAUUGACUGGACACAAGGGCAUGCGAGAUAGCGUGACCACGUAUGGUGGAGACUCUGACGCCGAAAUUUGUACUGCGUCUGCUGCGCAGGCGACAAGAGGCACCUUGAGGCGAGUCGAAAGGACAAUCUCGACCAGCAGCCGCGGGUCGCGCCCACUUCAGCGCCAGGCCUCUGUCCGUCGCAAUCCGUCCAUGUCGUCGGCCGGGCGAUCAUCCGUGGCGACCCGCAAGAGUCAAUCCCGCCGAUCGAGCGGAAUUCCAACCAUCUCGGAGCCCGAGUUCUAUCACGGCGAUCCGAUUUUCAGCCAGAUGAGGCACUCGAACCUCUCCCGGAAAGAAAUUGACCGAAGAAGCCGAAUCAUGACCGUGACUAGACAGGAAGAAACCCUGCUGGAAGCAAUGAGACAGCGCCAUGGGAAAAUCACGCCCAGCCUCUUCCACGAGACCCGAUUCAAUGGACAGGAACCGGACAGAAACUCAAUGCUCUCGGUCGCUCCUUCGCGGGAUUCGUUUUACGGGUCUGGCACGUCUUUCUUACGGUUAAGCCCCGGCUUGCCACCUCAUCAAGCACGUUCAGACCAAGCCACCAGCAACUUUGACAAAGAUAGUCAUGGUGCGCCUUCUGACACCGACCAGAAGACCGUCUACUCGGGGGUGUCUCCCCGGGCAAGCUUGGUGUAUUCGGAGAGUCUCCCGUCACCCGCAACGAGUGCGGCUUCUCCCAUGACGCCGACUCUUCCCAUCCAUCGGUUUUCUCCGCUUCCAUCCCAAAAACCUCCUCCCCGCCAGCCUCUUCCUCCCGUUCCCCAAAGUCAAAGGCGGCACUCGCGGCGACGCACCGACAGCAGCGAAGCAAUUGUCCUGGACGACACGCAGAACUCGAAAGAGAAAACCGAGUUCCCUCUUUGGGCCGUGGGAUGGAAUAACGAAGGUGCUAGCCUGACGGCCGUGCAUUGA